AUGAAGUAUCUCAAAACACAGGCUCUCAAAUCGCGUCGUCUCCCUCCCUCCUCAUAUAAGAUCGCACUAUUAUCCGAGGAACGGUUUCUAUUGGGCCAUACUCAAGAAAAGGAGGGAUGGAGCCGCGGAAAACAACAGGAACCGGAAACUCAUAAGCGACCAGAACGGAAUGACGAAACCGAGGUGAAAGAUUGA